AUGGCCCCUUCAUCGUCGCCGACAGCCGCCACCACCCUGCCCACGAUAUCCAGACCCAGUUCUAUUGCAUCGACCUGCCAGACCAAUGCCACCUCUUUGGCCCCGCUUCAAGUAAGGGGGCCAGAUAUCAAACCGCUCCGCGAAGAGGAAGUCGAGCCUGGUAGCUUUGACCUGAUCAACCCCGCGGCAUCUGACGAUAGCGGCCGGUAUUGUAUGGAGAAGCGAUCGGAGCAGCUCUUCUCGGGCCGUCACCUAGCAUUCAUGCUUGCCGACCAGAACCUCAUGAUACGAUUCAACGACUUUGUUCAAACUUACCGACCGGCUUCGGCCCCGUUAUUGGUUUACUAUUUUGACAUCCUCAAGGCACUACGGGCUGUCGAGUACUCAAACACCAUUGCAAGCAACCUGCCGUCUCUUGGAGAUCACGACUUUGCCAAGGACAAGGCUCCAUCGACGGUAAACCUUCUCCUCCAGAAAAAGGCCGACCUGGCGUUCGAUGCACUCGUUCGAGAAGAACUCCCGGCUUUUAUCACCCACACAUGGAUCCGGACAGCAACUAUUUCCAUCAAGAAAAGAAUCACCGGGUCGCUACCAGCUCACCUCCGAGAAAUGUCUGAAGGCUUAGCAGAAGUCUUUUGCUUGACAGACCCGUCCCGUGAAGACAAUCCAAUUGUUUUCGCUUCAGAAGAAUUCUACCGAACAACCCAGUAUGGCACAAAUUACGUGGUAGGUCGGAAUUGCCGUUUUCUUCAGGGGCCAAAGACGGACCGCUCCAGCAUCCAGCGACUGAGGAGGAAUUUGUCGGUUGGCAAAGAGCAUUGUGAAACAAUUCUCAACUACCGCAGAGACGGCUCUCCCUUCAUGAACCUGCUCAUGUGCGCCCCUCUUGUCGACAGCCAGGGGGUCAUGAGAUAUAUGCUUGGGGCGCAGAUCGACGUCUCCGGACUUGUUAAGGAUUGUGUCGGCCUCGAGUCUCUACGGCGGCUCGUCAAUAGCGAGACUACUUCUAACCAAGUGGCAGAGGACUUCACGGGGAAUGAAAACGGGGUCCAGACCAAGAACGACGCGUUCCGGGAGAUGAGCGAGCUAUUUGACGUCGCCGAGAUGGAAACUGUGAGGAGGCAUGGCGGCGAAAUGCAUCGCUUCCGCGAGGGGAUACAGCACGACGGCGCCAUUUCGAACUGGCAAAAGCCACGAUUGGUCAUCCAAGAAGAGACUUCAAACACCCCUGAUCCGCAAGCCGCCAUCGAUUUGGCCAACGGACGACUUGCGGGCAUCUACGAGCAUUACCUCCUUGUGCGGCCGUUUCCUAAUCUACGGAUCCUCUUCACCUCGCCUUCUCUUCGCGUGCCCGGAAUACUUCAGAGUCCGCUGUUCUCUAGGAUCGGGGGCUCUGACCAUGUCCGAGGUGAGCUUACCAGGGCGUUUGCCGACGGGACUGUCGUCACUGCAAAAGUACGAUGGAUAAACCGAUUCGAUGGCGAUGGCCGGACGAGAUGGCUCCAUUGUACACCUCUGCUGGGAAAUGACGGUACGAUAGGCGUCUGGAUGGUUGUAAUUGUUGACGACGAAGAGGACAUACGAACCAGGCCCAAACGCCGAGCCCCUGCCGUUGACGCAGAUAUCCGGCCGAAAUCCAACAGCACCUAUCUCACGAGAAAGCCUACCCUAGAUGACCUAAUGAGCUUGUCCGACCUUGCCCAUUCAGAUACCACCCCCGCCGAUCCCGCAGGCAUUCAGAAUCCAGACCAGACUUAA